AUGGUUCUUCAGCGCGUGCGGCGCGCCCGGCGGCGCAAGGGUCCCGGCGCGGGAGGGGUCCGCCCCCUCCCCACGACCCCCCUCCCCGACCCCCCUCUCUGCUCCCUCGGGCCCGGCGGAGCGGCCCGGCCGGAGCGCCCCCCCGAGCUCGGACCAGGGAGCUCGUACCCGGGACGCCCAGUCCCGGGCCCCGCCGCCCUUUGGACUCCCGGCUCCUGGUCCGCGCUCUCCCGGCGCCGGCCUGGCCCUGGCUCCACGCAGGCCUCGGGCCCGGCCUCUCGGCGCCCAGGCUGGCUCGGGUGCGCGGUGCCCGCGUCUGCGCUGGAGUGGGAAGGGAGUCUGGAAGCAAAGCUGCGGAUCUUGGGCGUAGAGGCGGAACCAGGCUCAGGCAGCCCAGUGGGCUCAGGCCCAGAGCCCAGAGCAACCAGCACAAUAGCGUCCAACAGCUGGAAUGCCAGCAGCAGCCCCGGGGAGGCCCGGGAAGAUGGGCCCGAGGGCCUGGACAAGGGGCUGGACAAUGAUGCGGAGGGUGUGUGGAGCCCUGACAUCGAGCAGAGCUUCCAGGAGGCCCUGGCCAUCUACCCUCCCUGCGGGCGACGCAAGAUCAUCCUGUCAGAUGAGGGCAAGAUGUACGGUCGGAAUGAGUUGAUUGCCCGCUAUAUUAAAUUGAGGACGGGGAAGACUCGGACAAGGAAACAGGUGUCCAGCCACAUACAGGUUCUAGCUCGGAAGAAGGUGCGGGAGUACCAGGUUGGCAUCAAGGCCAUGAACCUGGACCAGGUCUCCAAGGACAAAGCCCUCCAGAGCAUGGCGUCCAUGUCCUCUGCCCAGAUUGUCUCUGCCAGUGUCCUGCAGAACAAGUUCAACCCACCCUCCCCUCUGCCCCAGGCCGUCUUCUCCACUUCCUCACGGUUCUGGAGCAGCCCCCCUCUCCUGGGACAGCAGCCUGGACCCUCUCAGGACAUCAAGCCCUUUGCACAGCCAGCCUACCCCAUCCAGCCACCCCUGCCGCCGACGCUCAGCAGUUAUGAGCCUCUGGCCCCACUGCCCCCAGCUGCUGCCUCUGUCCCUGUGUGGCAGGACCGCACCAUCGCCUCCUCCCGGCUGCGGCUUCUCGAGUACUCGGCCUUCAUGGAGGUGCAGCGAGACCCUGACACGUACAGCAAACACCUGUUCGUGCACAUCGGCCAGACGAACCCUGCCUUCUCUGACCCACCCCUGGAGGCAGUGGACGUGCGCCAGAUCUACGACAAGUUUCCGGAGAAGAAGGGUGGGCUGAAGGAGCUCUAUGAGAAGGGGCCCCCCAAUGCCUUCUUCCUCGUCAAGUUCUGGGCCGACCUCAACAGCACCAUCCAGGAGGGCCCGGGAGCAUUCUAUGGGGUCAGCUCCCAGUACAGCUCAGCCGACAGUAUGACCAUCAGCGUCUCCACCAAGGUGUGCUCCUUUGGCAAGCAGGUGGUGGAGAAGGUGGAGACUGAGUACGCCCGGCUGGAAAAUGGGCGCUUCGUGUAUCGCAUCCACCGCUCACCCAUGUGCGAGUACAUGAUUAACUUCAUCCACAAGCUGAAGCACCUGCCUGAGAAAUACAUGAUGAACAGUGUCCUGGAGAACUUUACCAUCCUGCAGGUGGUAACGAGCCGGGACUCCCAGGAGACCCUGCUCGUCAUUGCUUUCGUCUUCGAAGUCUCCACCAGUGAGCAUGGGGCCCAGCACCAUGUCUACAAGCUUGUCAAAGACUAG